AUGAAUAAGAAACCGUCCCGAAUUGGCCCGAGGAUACGAAUAACGAGACCAGCGAAUCGCUUAAGAAAAUUCGACGACCAACUCUUACCAGCGCCUCCGAUCGUCGACGAGAGAAAAUAUAUAUACACCUGCCAGUAUUGCCGGCUGAAAUUCGCCCAGAAUAGCCAUUAUUUCCGACAUAUGGCGUCCAAUCAUGAAGUGCAACAGAGGCAAGCGACAUUCGAAUGCGACGACUGUCAAAUCGUGUUUUCCAAGAAGACAAACUUGGACCUCCACUGUCAGACGCAUCACCAAGCUAGAAGUAAGUCCAAAUGCGAGAGUUGCGCUAUCACAUUCAAGUCGCGGUACUGCUUACGCAGACAUCUCAAAAUGAAACAGCAAAUGCUGGAAAAUACAUGUCUGAAGUGUCAGAAAAAGUUCAUAAGUAAAGAACAACUUACGAAGCAUAUUGAUAACAAGCACACUUUCAAGAAUGUCAUGUUCCAAUAGAAUGCACUGCAUCGACCUGCGGCGUCCCUUUAUAGGCGCGUAGGUCCAGGGCAGCGGCAGGGGCGGCGCCGGGUACCUGCCAGUGGGGGCUCAGGGGGCACCAGGAGCGGCGAGCGCGAUCUGGAACGGCUAUGCGUGGCAGACUUUCUCCCCUCGGUCCCGGAGGAAGGGGGCGCCGAGCGCGAUGAGGACCCGAGGAGCCCGGGAGCGACGGUGCCCUCGGUGACGAUGCCGGAGAUGAAGUCGGCGACGGCGACCCCGACUUAG